GCCAAGAAAAAUCAGAAGAAGAAGAAGCGAGCAGUGCUACGACGGGUACGGUAUUGUACGCAGCUUCCAUCCUAAUUUUCUCUCGCGGUUAGAUUGUUCACUGUCUUCCAAAGAUGGUCCGAACACAUUUUGGACCACCACGCUUAAAGCCCAGACCUUAUGGAGACAGUCAUGCUAGUGGACAUAGUGAAGGGCAUUACAACCCCAACUCCAGAAGUCGAAGAGAUGUACAGGGCUACCCUGCAAAGGCUCCUCCUAACUGGAGAGAAUCCAGAGGUAGAGGACGACCCCCAGCUGUCAGAAGAGUUCCUCUGAUGGGAGAGCAAAGGGAGCCACGUUUUAAUAACUGGAGGUCCCAAAAUCAGGAUUCCUUUCAAUCGUAUCAUCCCAAAAUGGAACCACACCAUAGCCAGAGGCGGCUGCCUCCAUCCAGGCCACCCCGCUCCCCUCAAGUCCAGCAUCAGUCAUCAUCUCAUGGCCCUGCGCAAGGACAUCAUAGUCAGAGAGGUCCAUCUUUUCAUGGCCACCCCUCUGGUCACAGAUCAUCUUCCCCAAGGCAUUUUCGUAGCCAUCCUGCUGAUAGGAGGCCAGGCUCUGCACCAGGCUACCAGGGACCUUUCAAGGGCCCAAAAAGGCAGUCAGGGUUUCCCCAUCAGGAACAGCGGAGUCGAGACCCUCGGGGGAAUUACAGUGGAAGAGGAAGGCCCACUCAGGAACACUCGGGUCACAGCAUGAAGCGCUGGCACGAGGCUGGAUCAUUCUCACAUAAUGGGCAACACGGGCCCUCAGGGUCACAGAGGAACCCCAGAGAGAUGCAUGGGAGAGGCUCAUGUACAGAGAGGUACAGGCGUGAAGCAGCAAGCCCAGCUGGGUGGUCAUCUGAGCAAGACUCCAGGCGCCAGCGUGGUCCCGUGGAGAGGCAGGGUAGCCGAUCCCACAGUAGAGAGAGGGCACAAGAUGUCCCUCACCCACCUCCUUACAGAUCCCCUUCAUGGAAAGGAGGCCCAUCACCUUCAUCCUCCUACCACAGGGAGAGGCAAGUGGCAGGACCCCGCAAGAGGAGGAUAUCAGACAUCAGCAUGUCCUCAGACCCAGCACUGGAGCAUGGCAAUGCAAAACAGCCCAGGAGAGUGAGGCCUCAACUCCUCAACAUUCCCAGGCCAUUUGGUGGCAAACCCUUGUCUCUUAGAGAUAAAAGUUUCCUGGUUAAGAGCCGACAAGUCAAAGCAGAGUCCCUCAUGAGGCUGAGAAUCCCCCCAUAUGUGAGACCCAGGUUUCGCCUGGGUGAUUCUGCUUCACAAGGAAACACCAGCUCUGUUCUUGCUCUCAGGAAGAAACGUUUCCAAUUAAAUGCAAUACCCCUGAGAAAGUUUGAGUCAAGAAGGGCAAAACCACAACAGUCACUCCCCAGAGAAGAAAGCAGUGCCAACAAGUCUUCAAGAGACUCUGAUACAGGAAAAGAACAGGUGGAGUCUCGCCGGUCCUUGAGCGCGCACAGAGCUUCUCCCAUAGAAAAACGCGAUCUCGUUGUUUUGUCCCACUGGCCACCUGGACCGAGUUCCUCUUCCAAGGACUGCUCGCCUUCAAAGGGCCGCAGCCCCAAGUCAAAGAGUGAUCACAGUUCAGAUGCAGAUACCACACCCAACAGACGACUCUCUAAGUCAAGUGAUACCAGAUCUUCCCCUGAAGACAGAAAACAGGGAUAUUUGGACAAGAGGGAGUUUAGGCCUGUUAAUAUGAUGCAGGACAGCUACAGACCUGGGAGGCCCUUAAAGAGACAAGGACCAGGACCAAUGCAAAGAACAAAGUUCACUGGUAGUCCACGGAAGACAGGCCCCGAACUGUCUGGAAAUUUCAGAAGACCACUCAUGGAGAGCUUGGUGCCGCGUCCUUUUCCAAAUCAGAGACCGGUGUUCAGAAAAAGUUACAGUAUUGUGUCCAAAUACCGUAACAUGAGAGUGAUGCGUCAGCGCGCACCGUACAGUCGAGGACCCAACCAGCAACGCUGGUGAUGACCGCUGGAUAGGUCCUGUAUCCUGCUAACACGGUUGGAGAAAAUGCUCAUCAAACUCUCUGCUGUUGUGUGAACUGCAGGAAAGCCUCACUACAGUCCCAUCCCACAUUGUGAAAGUGUUGUUUUAAUUUCUGUGUUUUACUUUGUCCUUUGUAAAAGUACUGCAGUAUUUUGUUUGACAUUGCUUGUAGCAUAGACCAUUAUAUUAUACAGCCCUGCUUUCCCUUCCACUUAGGCGAUUUGGUGAUUGCUGGUUGUGAUCUUGGGCGUCCUUGUUUUUACUCUUGGCUUUUUUUUCUUUCUUUUUUUUUUACCAGCAGCAUCCCAUUUCUGGUUUAAGUGGGAGGGGGGCAUUCACUUUAGUAUCUGACCUUUUACUGUCUGUCAAGACUCAUGACGAGAUGUCUUUGAUUAAUCUUGGAUGUUUCAUUAGAAAACAGCGUGAGAAUGGACACUUAGGGGUACUACUUGUAAAGCUUGAGUUUGACACUUUCAAUAAAAUCAGAUUUAACACUCUGA